UUCUUCCUCUCGCGGUGCAUGCUGGGUCACAGCAGCUGCAAGUUCUCCCCCGUCAUGGCGUCCCGUGUCCUGCACCAGUGCGUCCGCUCUCUCGCCCGGCCCUCGCUGAGGCUUCUCACCGCUAACCCGACGGUGAGAGCCGCCCCGGCCCCUUUAGCGGCAGCCGUCCGACCUCUCUCCUUCGCCGCAGGCAGCCGGAGGACGCGGUGGCUCGGGCAGAGCCGGAUCUCAUCAGGUGUGUUGUGCCGACAAUAUGGAGACCUGCCCCCCUUAACUCUAGAGACCAUCAAAGAUCGUGUCAUGUACGUGCUCAAGCUCUACGACAAGAUCAACCCCGAGAGUCUGCAAGCAUCCUCCCACUUUAUGAAAGAUCUGGGUCUGGACAGCUUGGACCAGGUGGAGAUCAUUAUGGCCAUGGAGGAUGAGUUUGGCUUUGAGAUUCCCGACGGGGAAGCGGAGAAGUUGAUGACGCCGGCGGAGAUCGUACAGUACAUCGCAGACAAGAAGGACGUUUAUGAAUAAUCUGUUGGAUAAGAGCGUGACCAACGGGACACCAAAUUUCUUGACUUCAAUGUUCUUCAAUGUUCUAUCUAUAUGUCACCCCCCCCUCCCUGCAAUGUAUCAUUUCUUCAGAGUUGAUCAAUAAAAGACAUAACAUA